AUGUCUUAUCAACAGCAGCAGUGUAAGCAGCCCUGCCAGCCACCUCCUGUGUGCCCACCUAAGUGCCCUGAGCCAUGCCCACCUCCAAAGUGCCCUGAGCCAUGCCCACCUCAGCAGUGCCAGCAGAAAUGCCCUCCUGUGCAACCCCCUCCACCAUGCCAGCAGAAGUGCCCACCCAAGAGAAAGUAA